UAUCUUCCACAUUGUAAAACAAUGACUUUAACCCUUGUCUUGUUUUUCAUUUUUGGGACCUUGGCAUCUCAAGCCAUGUCGCGCACAAUUCAUGAAGCUUCCAUUGCUAACAAACAUGAGCAAUGGAUGGCUACUUACGGUCGAAAAUAUGAGAGCAAAUCAGAGAAGGAAAAGCGUUUUAAUAUAUUCAAGGACAACUUGGAAUAUAUUGAGAGCUUCAACAAAGCUGGAAAUAAAAGUUAUAAGUUAGGCAUUAAUGAGUUUGCAGAUAUGACCCAUGAUGAAUUCCUUGCAGCUCAUACUGGAUACAAGAUGCCACACAACCCAACCACUUCCAUAUCAACAUCAUUUAGGUAUGAAAACUUCUCAGAAGUUCCAACAAGCUUGGAUUGGAGAGAGAAAGGUGCUGUCACCGCUAUUAAGUACCAGGGAACAUGUGGAUGUUGCUGGGCAUUUUCAGCAGUGGCAGCCAUUGAAGGGAUUAUCCAAAUUUCAACUGCUAACUUGAUCUCAUUGUCUGAGCAGCAACUAUUAGACUGCAGCACAAAUGGAAAUCAUGGUUGUGAGGGUGGUUGGAUGAUGAAUGCCUUCGAAUAUGUUAUGCAAAACAAGGGGAUAACCAAGGAAGAAACUUAUCCAUAUAAAGCAAUACAGGGAACUUGUGACAUGGAGAAGGUUGCAGCCCAAGUUGUAGAUAUAAGUGGUUAUGAGAUGGUACCUGCCAAUGAUGAGGAAGCCUUGCUUAAGGCUGUAACAAACCAACCUGUCUCAGUUGCCCUUGAUGGGAGUGGACUAGACUUUCAACAUUACAAAACUGGAGUGUUCAACGGAGAUUGUGGGACUUCUAUGACCCAUGCUGUCACAAUUAUUGGAUAUGGAACUAACGAAGAAGGUAAAAACUAUUGGUUGAUCAAGAAUUCAUGGGGUGAGAGUUGGGGUGAAAAUGGCUACAUGAAGAUUGAGAGGGAUGUGAAUACCCCGAUAGGUCUUUGUGGCAUUGCAAAGAAAGCAUCCUAUCCAAUUGCAUAAGUUCAUAUAAAGAACAUUUCUUAUCUUGGUAUGUUUACGUAUGUACUAAAUAAAAGAUAGUUGUACUGUUUCGUUUCUUGUAAGUUAGGGUG